UCCCUUUAGGAUGAUUUCCAGCAUGCAGCCUCAGAAACCAACUGGGAAUCAGUCACAAGCUCUGUCUCAGGGGUCUCAUAUCCCUCUCCAUCAGUGACUGACCCUACGCUCACAGCAGAGGCCCUGGAUCAGACUAUUGCUGCAUUUGACACUGUGGAAGAUCUGCUUAAACUCAAUCCAGACUCCUGGAAAGAGGAUCUCGAGAAUUUGUACACAGAAAGUGGCCACCAUUAUCGAGGCAGGAGCUACCAUGAUAGGAAGUCCAAAGUUGACCUGGACAGGUUGAAUGACGAUGUGAAGCGCUACAGCUGCACUCCGAGAAACUACUCUGUCAAUUUAAGGGAAGAGCUGAAGCUGACAAAUGCUGUUUUCUUCCCUCGCUGCCUCCUUGUCCAGCGCUGUGGAGGAAAUUGUGGCUGUGGGACUUCAAAUUGGAAAUCCUGCACGUGUGUGUCUGGGAAAACAGUGAAAAAAUAUCAUGAGGUGCUGAAAUUUGUCCCGGAGGCUGAGCAUCCCCGAAAGAAAGGCAAAGCAAGAAAGAACAUGGCUUUAGUAGAUAUACAGUUGGAUCAUCAUGAUCGUUGUGAUUGUAUCUGCAGUUCAAGACCACCCCGAUAAAAAAAAAAAAAGAAAAAGAAAAAACAUAAGACCCACUAAUUGCAGCUUACCAGACAUUUACUUUUAAGCAGGAUUGCUCUGAGGACCUUUAGUCGCUAAUCAUUUGAACUUUGCUACUAGCCUGCCUUUGCAAUUAGAAGAAAUGAUUGCUGUGUUUCAGCAUAGCUGGGCUGAUUAGUGCCAUGGCAGCUAAAGAGGCAUAUCAUACAUUUAUACAUCAGCAUCCAGGAAUUACUGUCACUAUAGCUAGAGUCUGAGGGUUGAGAUUUUCAAAGGUCACUUACCUUUUUAGGUGCACAAGGCCCACAUUUGUUGUGUAAGCUGGCAGUGAAAGAGCAUUUGUUGUGUUUCUGCAAAUGUCUCACCGUUUCCUAUACUCAAAUUCUGCUGCCAUUUCUACCUUUUGAACUCUCCUGUCAGUAGAAUUUUGUGGGUAUAAAUGAAAGGAGAAUUUGAGCCCAUGCAAUUGUAAAAUGGUUAAUCCAGCUAUGAAAAUGAACUUGCCAGCAUCCCUUCUCAGAAGAGUGCUGUGCAAUGAGAAAAAUCCUUUAUUACAUGAAAUAAAACACCAGGAGAGUCAAAUCUCACUAUCUGUCCUCAAGCAGAUCUUGUGCCAAAAUUAGUAAAUGCUUUGCAUAAGCUGGGACAAUGGUGGUGGUAGGGGGUACAGGGUCACCUUUGCCACAGUGACUCUACAGGAACCAUCAUCCGUAUCUUUCUGCAAGCAUGGUGAGAUGGGGCCUUCCAGGUUCCCUGUGGGCUGGGGCUGGUUCUGAUCUCUGCCCAGUCCCCAAUUUGCCAUAGCUGGAGAAGUGCCACGUCUCCCUAAGCAGGCAAUGAAGAUAGGGCACUUGUUUGUUGAAAAUAUUGAUUUGUGUUGUAGUUGUGUUACUGGGAAACUAAACUGUGCUUGAGAUUUAAUUAUCGUUACUUGGUUUGGGGUUCGUUUGUUUGUUUGUUUUAAAUAUGGAUUAUUAUAACUUUGUCAUAUAUCCAUUAAUCUUAGUUAUCUGAGGCUUGUUGUUUCACUUCAGCUACGUGUAUUGCCAUGGUUAAACUGUUAACAGUGAAUUUCUUUUAGAUUGCAUUUUGCUGAGGCGUAUUAACUCAUUAAGCAAUGUCUGUCUGUCAUGGAAAAUGUGCAUCAUUUAUUCACGAGCACAAGAAUAUUAUAAACACCACCUCAGAAUAAAAUAAGCACUGUAAAAGCUACGACAUAGCUUCCUAUGCCUUUUUAAAUAUUAUGAAAGUGCUCUCCAUGAGAAAGGAAAAAAACAUCCUUCAGGCUAGCUUUAAGGCUAUAAAAUGCUGCUCCAGAAACUGUUCAGAGUAAAACACAGGCAGAUUGAAGUUUAUGGAAGAACUGGAGUUUUUAUCAUGAAUGUAGCAGAAAGAAUGGGGUGGCAUGUUUAAUGGUUGAGGUUUUAUAUUUAACAGCAGAUACAGACUGCAGCGGUUCAUCUUGUUCAUGUUGCCUCUUGGGUUUCUGCCUUUCUGAAAGAGCCAAGUAGUUUGACAUUAGUGGAAACUGGCAUGUGCUAUAGUAUAAUACUGAGAUUCUUUAAGCCAGUAUGUUUUAGUAAUAUACGGUUUUGUUAUAGAAGUGCAGUAAUGUUCUAACAGCCUCUUUAUCAGCUCAAGUAUUUUAUAAGUGCUCUUUUAUAAUUUUAACAAACUUUACUGAAAUGUCCCUUAGAAAUGCUGUGUUGCUUUCCUUCUUGUAUUUUAACAUUUAAGAUUCAAAAUGUGUGGGUUUUUUUUUAUUAUGAUUAUUUAUAUUAAUUUUUCCUCUCUGGCUCCCAGAUGUCUAUUUAAAAAUGUUCCCAAAUGCUGAGUUGGGAAGUGAUUCAUCAUUUUUCAAAGCAAUUCACUUUAAAAGAACAACACUGUAACCAAAGAUUGCCAGCUUCAUUUCUUAUUUCAGAACUGCUUAAAAAAGACUUCAUUCUUUUUCUGUCUCUAGCUUUAUAACAGGAAUGACCCAGCCCUUCCAUAAUUUUCAGCUAAUUUGGGAAGAAUAUUGCAUGUGAGAUCUUGACAGUACUGAUUGUUUUUGAGACUGCGCACUCUCCCUAGCGUAUAUUUCUGACUGCGUUGUACUGCAAGUAUGCCGAAGCACUCCAGCCUGAUAGCAUCAGUGGUAGGAAGCAACUGCCUCAUGCCUUUGUGCUCUGAGUGGUCCUGUAAUUCUGACCUCUCAAAGGAAGAUGCGAAUCAGGCAUCCUCUGUGCAUGGCAUUCCCUACACAUCUCUACUUGUUUGCCCAGUCUGCAUCCCAAACAGCUCUGUCCUGGGGGGUAUUCACACUAAGUCACCUCAGUGGGCAGCAGGGAGAAAGAUGGUCCUUCCCAAGCGUGCCUUAGUUUGAAAUCACACAGUGUGGGAGUUUACUCUCUUUUCACCAUGUAAGAAAGAGACUAGAAAUCUGAUUUGGGCAUCUUAAGGGAGAUAGAACCAAGGCAAAUGGUGUGAAACACGGAAAACGCUGUACAGCCAAUAAUUUGGCUAACUGAAUUUGAUGCAGGCAGCAGUGGAUGCUAGGAUCCAGCAGGAAAAUUCAGCUGUAAAAGAUAUUGCUAUGAUAGGGAUUACCCUCUUAAUGUUUAGUUUCUUGAAAGUACACUCAACUGGUCACAAAAUUUGAAGCAUUUCCAAACUUCUCAGCCACAUGCUAUGCUGACCCCGGCGAAAUCAAGUACCAGCCAAACUUUUCCUUUUUUAUUUAUUAGCAGAAAUUGUCAAGAUGUUUUUCCACACCUUUAUUUCUUUUGUCUGUGUAAUAAUUGCUAUGCUCUUUACAUAUUGUUUUAAUUUAAAAAACAGUGCUAUUAAAAAAUAUAUAAUUUUUAUUGGUGGAAUUGGAACCCUCUAAGAUAAAUACAUUUUCUAAAGAAAUAAUUUCAAAGCCACUCGCUAGCUUUUUAUUUAGUGUAUUCUUCUGGGACAGAGCCUACUUUCUCAAGUGCAAUCUCUUCUUUUUUUUUUUUUUUUGUUAUCUCAGUUAAAUGCAGCUCUUGUAGCAUUAUUUUUUACCUUAUGCAGUAUGUAAUGUGUCUUAUCUUGAUGAAAAAAAAAUAAAUACUGCUUUUGAAAUAA